GCGCAACCGAAGCGAUUUUCUCAAAUCAUCACUUAUAUAUAGAUCGGAACAAUCAUAUGUGUUUGUGUCGAACACUGCUGCUUGCCAGACCAUCGUCUCGUCGCAUUCUAUCAUCUCGGUGUAGUGGUGACUUUUUGCAUCAAUGCAAAUCGGUUGAAUGUAUACGAUUGACGCAACAUAAGCGCGAUUCCCUUAGUUUGUGGGUCGAGUGAAUCAUUCCUUUGCAUAAGCUGUUUGAAAAGACGCCAUUUUCUUUGUUUCAUUCCGCUUCAAUUGCGCAUCAAAAUUAACGUUUUUCGAAUUUUCUGAAUUCAUCAUUUUGCACAUUGUUGUGAAAUCGCGAAAACCAGUCCAAAAUGGUCAAACCAAAGGCAAAGAAGGGUAAAUCGAAGGCAGCAAAACAUGCCACCCAGCGCAAUGCAGAUAAGGCACAUGAACCAGAAAACAAGCAGUCGAUGAAACAGUCCACCGAUUUUCUCGCCCUGAGUGAUCAUUGCCUGUUGGAAAUCUUCAAAUACUUGCCGUUGAAUGAUGUCUGCUCACUCAGUCAAACAUGUCGGCGCAUGCACGCAUUGGGCUCAAGUCAUUUCAUGCUCAACCACAAAGCAAAAGUCAUGGUUUUCGUCGAUUGGUUGUAUGGCAAUCUGUUUACGUUUCCGCGUGUGAAUCAAGAGAAGUACAUUGAAUGCUUUGCAAAAAGCAUGCGGAGCGUCACACUCUUGAGACAUUUCUCGACAAUCGCAGCCAUGGAACAGCUGAACGAGUUCUACCAAAAAGAAACCAAAGCCGAAGCCGAAGCAGAAGCCGAAACCGCUCCACCGAUUGUAGUGGGCUUGGUAACCGCUUUAAUGAAAAAAGUGAACAGUUUCUACCAACGUGAAACCGAAGCCGAAGUUGCUUCACCGAUUGAAGCCAUUCGAUUUGCCUUUUGGAAAGUGGCUGUGAGCAAGGCCCAUUGCAACCCGAUUGCUGCCAUUUUGAAAAACGUCAAGUCAGUAACAUUCGAAAACACUUCAAUCAACGCUGAUUUGGACGGGUGCCUGUUUGGAUUCAUGCCUAACUUGAAACGAUUGACGGUACUAGAUUUUACUGUCAAAGAUCCUGGAUCAGUAAAGGUUUCGUACAACUCAAUUUGGAUGCAACCACCAUGUCCAACGCUUGAAUACUUUGCGUGGCACACGGCGCCAAAAAUGCACGAACACGAGAAUGAUUUUUCAGUAACUGAAAUGGUACGUUUUCUCAAGAUGAAUCCGGGUAUAAAGUUUGUUUCGUUGCGAUUGGAGUCGCAAAGUCAGCUCACCAUUUUGACAACAACUGGCAUUCAAGUCAAUGAAUUGUUUUUUACAAUUAUUUAUCGGAGCUUUGCUGAGUGGGAAGCUGAAAUUGCCGAAAUUGUGAAGGAUUUGAAGGAUUUCUGCGAGAAGCAAGUAUCAAUGAAGGUUGUGAACGAUGAUCAACGAAUUCGCCUGCAUUUGAAGAUUUGUGGAAAUGACUUUGAAAAACAACCUGGUCAACUGGAAUUACUUGCACCAUACAUUGUGGGUUUAUACUUCGAAGACUACAUUCAGGACUGUUUUGCUGCCGUUUUUCCCAAACUCAUCAACUUGAAAGUGUUGCAAGCAAAAGAAAUUGUUCCAGCCGAAUUGUUGUGCCGUUUACCGAAUUUGGAAGAGGUUUUCGUCUCUUGUUCAGCAAGACCACUGUCGUAUUAUGACGACGCAAUCCGUAUUCUGGGCAGCCGAUUGCCAAAAUUGAAAAAACUGUACUUGAACGGCUAUUCGCAUCGAAGUGUAAGAAACUUAUUGUUUUCUGGAGGGGACAUGAUGGAACAAAAAGAAGACUUCAAAGUCUUUGCUACGAUUGAUACCAAACGAAAGAAGCUGACUGGUGCCCAGAAGAUGAAGGUUUUUUUGGAAGUGGAACAAAAUCUGCGUGACGAGAAAGUCGACUACGAUACGGUGGAAGUUCUGCGCACACAAACCGAAGCCAUCACCAAUCCAUUCUUCGAACAGUCACAUCUUGUUGAUUCUGUAGCCGCUCCGGAUCCAUGUGUCAUCAUGUGAACCAUUAUCAAUCCGAAUCGAAGCAAUUACACAUCUUGUCGCUGCUAAAGCCGCUCUAGAUAAUCUUUGUACCAAAAGGUACCAUAUUUUGAACGAACUUCAGAUUAUUGAAUCCUUUAUUAAGUGGCAAAAAGCCUUUACCAAAUUGCAUUCAUGAAUGUGAAAAAAAAUACCUUUGAAAGUGACUCAAUAAAAUUUCCAAACCAAUUUCCA